AUGGCGCUGCAUUCCGCCACGCCCGUCAAGCUUGAGGCUGAGGUUUUGAGCACCGGAGAACCAGAUUUGAAGAAUGGAGGCUCCGUGAGUCUAACCCUUGCAGAGCCUGAGGAUGUCCCCGAAUCGCAUUCACUGCUCUCCUUGAUAUUUCGACGCAAGAAUAAGCACAGCCUUGACGCUAUUGCGACCACCCGGAGCGUGUUUGAUGAUCCGCUUCUCGCUAAAUACUACCUGCCUCGUUCAGACUAUGAGAACAUCCACCGCUUUGAUCCAGAUGCGAGAUGGACAUAUCGAGAGGAGAAAUCGUUGCGACGAAAAACCGAUUGGACAGUCUUCCUAUGGAUAUUGGUCAUGUUCUUUGGACUAAAUCUGGAUAGAGGAAAUCUGGGCAAUGCUGUAUCGGAUAAUUUACUGGAUGACCUGCAUCUCAGUACCAACGACUACAACAAUGCUCAAAACAUGUAUCGAAUUGGAUUUCUGAUUUCCGAAAUUCCAUCGCAGAUGAUUGGAAAGAGACUUGGUCCAGACCGUUGGAUUCCAUUCCAGAUCAUCGCGUGGAGCUUUGCUGCUGGGGGUCAAUUUUUCAUGAAAGGUCGAUCGGGGUUCUUUGCUUGUCGUUUUCUCAUUGGUCUUUUCAUGGGCGGCUUCAUUCCUGAUUCGAUUCUCUAUCUGUCAUACUUUUAUAAGAAGUCAGAGAUGCCUAUACGUCUUGCACUGUUCUGGUUUGUCGACACCAUGUCGGGUGUGAUUGCAUCCUUCAUAGCGUAUGGCGUACUGCACAUGCGAGGUGUUGAUGGUCGGGAAGGUUGGAGAUGGCUGUUUCUCAUCGAGGCUCUGAUAAGUUUAGUUAUUGGUUUCCUGAGCUUUUUGUUUCUCAUACCCGGCCCAACCCAAAGCAAGACUUGGUGGAAUCCCAAGGGAAUAUUUUCUGAAAGAGAGGAAACAAUCAUUGUGAACAGAGUCCUACGCGACGACCCAUCUAAGGGUGACAUGCACAAUCGCCAGGGACUGUCAUUGAGCAUGCUCUGGAAAAGUCUCAAAGACUACGAUCUAUGGCCUAUCUACGCUAUUGGCAUGUUAUUCGAGAUUCCUACGUCACCGCCGAAGACAUACCUUACUCUAUCGCUCAAAGCCCUUGGGUUUAACACGUUCGAAACAACCCUACUUUCAAUCCCUCCCACUGUCUUCUCUGCAAUCAACCUUCUUUUGAUAACGGAAGUCACCGAAUAUUUUAACCAAAUUGCUUUGAUUGGUAUUCUGACUCAGUUGUGGUCACUCCCGCUUCUGAUCGUUCUUUACACUUCAGCGGGAACUUUAUCUCACUGGGGGACCUAUGCAGUGACUUUUGUUUUGCUUGGAUGGCCCUCCCCUCAUGCUGCUCAUGUUGGAUGGUGUUCGCGAUUAAGUAACUCAGUUCGCACCCGAGCUAUCAGCGCUGCACUUUACAACAUCACGAUUCAACUGUCCGGGAUUGCAUCAUCCAACAUAUAUCGCAGUGACGAUAAACCACGCUAUCAUCGUGGAAACAAGCAACUCAUUGCCAUUACUGUUGCGACUAUAGUACUUUAUGCCUUGGCGAAGGCUUACUAUAUUGCUCGAAAUCGAUGGAAACAGGAGCGCUGGUCAAAGAUGAGCCCCCAGGAGAAGGCCACUUACCUGGAGACAACUUCAGAUGAGGGCAACAAGCGUUUGGACUUCAUUCUUCACAGCUGA